AACGCAUGCUAUAUCGUGCACCAAAACGUAUGUGUAGUGACCCGCAAAAAAAAAAAUUGUGCAGUGGCCACUGCUAGUAUUGUACCAAUGGACUCAGAGGGAACAACUUGUCUAUAUAUAAAUGAAGCCAUCGCCAUGUCCAUUGCAUUUGCACCUUACAUCCAAGUAAGUAGUCCUCCCCACACCGCACUAGCGAUAAUAAUGUCACUCAUCUCCACAGCACUUGUGCUACUUGUUCCCCUAGGUCUUUACUUGUACAUGUGGUCUUGUACUCAUAGUAGAUCAAAUGACCCAGCAGCAGCAGUGCCCCCCACAAAAUGGCCAAUACUAGGCAUGCUCCCUGGUCUCGUGGCCAACAUCUACAACUUCCAUGAGUACAGCUAUGCGCUCCUCGCCGGAUCAGGCCUCAACUUCAAUGGGGACGGCCCGCCUGGGGCCGGGAUGCGGUUCUUCAUCACCUGCGACCCUGCCAACAUCCAGCACAUCUUCACGACCAACUACUCCAACUUCCCCAAGGGCGCCGAAUUCGCCGCCAUAUUCGACGUCAUGGCUGGUGGCUUCUUCACCAUCGAUGGCGAGCUGUGGCGCUUGCGCCGCAUGAAGUUCGUGGGCGUGAUCAGAAGCCCACGGUUUGCUGACCGUGUGGCAGCUCAUUGCCAUGACAAGGUGAAGAACCACCUCCUCCCGUUGCUUGCCCGCAUGGCGAGCACUAGCACUUCGUUCGACAUGCAAGAAGUAAUGGCGAGGUUAAUGUUUGACAUCACCGCCAUGACAGUCUUUAGCGUUGACCCUGGCUUCCUGUCCUUGGACAUGCCUCUGAUUGACGCCUCCCUUGCCAUGGACACGGUCAUGGAGGUGGGGUUUCUCCGACACACCAUGCCGGCCUCUUUGUGGAAGACAUUGAGGUGGCUAAAUAUUGGCCCCGAGAGAAGGCUCCACGAAGCAAACAGAGUGCUCCGCAGGUUUGUCGUGGAUACGAUGGAGAGGAGGAAGACCAACGGAGGCCAAGAUGAGGAUGAAGAGGUUGUGGGGGAUAUUUUAUCUCUCUACAUCAAUGACCCAGACUACGCUGACGAUGACUUGCUCUGUGGAACACUCAUUAGCUUCAUGCUCGCUGGGAGGGACACAAUCGGCACAACUCUGCCAUGGAUAUUCUACAGCCUCGCCCAGAACCCUAAUGUCGUGUCAAUCAUCCGUAAUGAACUCUCACCUAUUGCAUCGCACAAAGUAGCCCGCGGCAUGGGUGCCACGGUCAUCUUUGAGCCGGAGGAGACCAAAUCUCUGGUCUAUCUGAGAGCCACCUUGUACGAGACUCUCAGGCUAUACCCACCAGCGCAUAUGGAGCGCAAGACGGUGGUUACCGAUGAUACCAUGCCAAGUGGACAUGAGGUGUACGCCGGUGAUGCCAUCUACAUCUCUCUCUACUCCAUGGGAAGAAUGGAGAGCUUGUGGGGUAAAGACUGCCUUGACUUUAACCCAAACAGAUGGCUCUUGGAGGAUGGCAACAAGAUCAAGUACGUGCCAUCUAACAAGUUCCUGGCCUUCAACUCGGGCCCAAGGAUGUGCCCAGGCAAGGAAAUCGCAGUUGUGCAGAUGAAGACCAUCAUUGCCGCAGUCGUGUGGAACUUUGACCUGGAGCUGGUGGAAAGCCAGAGCAUCCAACCCAAGCUAUCUUGUUUACUGCAGAUGAAAAAUGGGCUCAUGAUGAAGCUGAAGAAACGAGAAGCGUAGCACAAACUUUCUUUUGUUGACCAGGGUUUGGGAUUUCCCAGCAUGUGUGCCACAAUUGUCUUAGAAUGCGUGUGUGGUGUAUGUGUGUGUGUCCAUAUACGUAUUUUCUCUUUCAUGUCGGACAACUUUGUUCACGGCAACGGGUGGAUUUUUUAUGAAUAAUUGCUUGAGAAAUCAGCUAUGGCUUGGGUGGUGCAAAUGUUCUCAGAAAUCAUGUACUCCCUCUGUUCCUAAAUAUAAGUCUUUUUAGAGAUUUCAA